ACGUUACACGGGACCGGACACCGAGCUGACAUUACACGGGACCGGAUACCGAGCGGUUAGAACCCGUGUCCUGAGGACGGCCCCGGUUGGAGUGCCAGCUCCUGGGUUGCGGGAACCUCCUGUCCCGGACACUGUUACCUGAGGAGGCGCCCGGGUCGGGGUACGGCACCGGUCACAUGCCCACCUCUUACUGUGCCAUGACUUGGCCCUGGCCGGGGUAGAGGGGCACCGGGUGUUCCAGAGUCUCUCCGGGUUAUUUCCAGCCAUGGACAUUAUAGCCGCUAGCCCGGCGUGCUGACCGAGGGGCCGGUGCCCCGUGUGCCAUGCUGAUGCCCACCGUGCCGCCCAUAUCUAGUCCGCCGCACCAGCUACCGUUCCCAUUGUGCCCCUGACACGGCCCUGUGGUCUGGCUCUGCACCCCGAGGCCAUGGCGGAUCACCUGGAGCUGCUGUCGGAGAUGCCGGCGGUGAGCCGGAUGAGCACGCAGGAGAGGCUGAAGCAUGCGCAGAAGAGACGGGCGCAGCAGCUGAAGAAGUGGGCGCAGUUUGAGAAAGACGGGCAAAGCAAGAAAUCCAGGGGCAGGCAGAAGAACCGGGGCAGCAAGGAGGCGCGGAGGGUGGCAUUCCCCCAAAACGUCACCCUCCUGGAGGCAGCGGCUCGCAACGACGUGGAGGAAGUGCGCCGCUUACUGCAGAGUGGAUUUAGUCCUGAUUUAUACAACGAGGACGGCCUGACAGCGCUGCACCAGUGCUGCAUCGAUGACUUUGAAGAGAUCGUCGGGUUGCUGCUUGAUGCGGGGGCCGAUGUGAACGUGCGUGACAGCGAGCUGUGGACGCCUCUCCAUGCCGCGGCCACGUGUGGGCAUCUGCAGCUGGUGGAGCUGCUCAUUAAACACAAUGCCAACCUCCUGGCCGUCAACUCUGACGGGAACAUGCCCUACGACCUGUGUGAGGACGACGUCACGCUGGAUCACAUAGAAACCGCCAUGGCGGAGCAAGGAAUCACACAGGAGAAGAUUGAGGAAUCUCGGGCAGCCACAGAGCUGCGCAUGAUAGAGGAUAUCAAGCACCUGGUACAGAUGGGGUCAGAGGUCAACGCACAGGACUCGCAUGGUACUAGUUUGCUGCACAUCGCGUGUGCGAAUGGAUACCUGGAGGCGGCCGAGCUGUUGCUGGGACAUAAAGCUGCAGUCAAUGCCAGGGACCAUGAUGGAUGGGAGCCGCUCCACGCUGCCGCCUGCUGGGGUCAGAUUCACAUGGUGGAGCUCCUGGUGGCACAUGGAGCCGACCUAAAUGCCAAGUCUCAGCUGGAUGAAACACCAGUUGAUGUUUCCGGGGAUGAAGAGGUUCGCGCAAAACUCCUGGAGCUGAAACACAAACACGACGCUAUCAAAAAAUCCCAGGACAAGCACAAGACGGCCCUGCAGCGACGGACGUCCAGCGCCGGCAGCCGGGGGAAAGUCGUGCGCAGGGUGAGCGUCACCGAGCGCACCAACAUGUACCGGAGGGAGCAUCAGAAAGAGGCCAUCGUGUGGCAACAGAGAGGAGCCCGGGACAGCGAGGCCGAGCUGCAGGACGAGGACGAAGAUAAAGCUACCAACGCGGAGCUCCAGCAGCACCAGCAAAAAAUUGAGCGAGUGUCGGAGCCCCCAAAUGCUGCGCCGUCUGAAGAAGAGGGAUGCCCCGGCGGAGUUGCCCCCGGCGAGGACUCUGCUCCCCCGCCGUUGUCGUCUCAGCGGAACGGGAGUGCGGGCUCCGGCCCCAGACACACUUUCUCUAAGCGCCUGGACAGGAGCGUCUCCUACCAGUUGGCCACCCAGGCGGAGACGUCUGCCGAUCUGAGCAACGAACGCUCCCACCAUACGCUGGCCGAGCUCAAGCGGCAGAGAGCGGCAGCCAAGCUCCAGAGAAACGCGCCGCCGCCGCCGGCAAGCGAAAGCCGCCAACAGGCGCAGGACUCGGCAGACCCCACGCCCCCCGGCUCUGUUUAUUACACGACAGCCAGCGGGGAACCUCCACUACUGAAACUUAUCGCUCCGGCCGAGGAGAGCACACCGGCGGACAAGAGACCCUGCUGUGGGGUCAUGUGACGUGAUUUUCACCCGCCGCGA